GAGGCAAUGUUGUCUCGUGGGUUUUCUAGUUUUAUACCACUAAAUACACUCUGUUAUUUGUAACAGUUUCAUUUGCUUGCAAAUGUUGUUUACAACCGAUAUGUCCGUUACUGAAUAAUAUUUUUUUCAUGUUUGUCCUUAUUAAAGAAAUACGCAACCAGAUGAUUUCAGAGAAUAUCAUGCUUAUCACGUGUUAGAGUUUGAAGUAUAUCAUUUAACUAUCAAUCGAAAGAGAAAAUAGAGCAGUGACAAUGAACACACAUCACAUAUCGAAAGUGAAAGUAGAAGCGUUCAAGUUAUUCGACAUUGGAUUUUAAUAAAUGUAAACCCAAGGUGCUAAAAAUACUUUUCGAGGGGAUUUCAAAGCGGGAAUCUGGGAAACAUUGUUCCGGUAUAGUUUCAAGAUGACCUAUUUCACUUUCCGAAGGAUCUCAAACCAGCAGCUUUUUACAGUAGAACAGAAUAAAUCAUUUAUAGAAAUCAAGCGUUUCCUUGCUUACCUGGCUUCAGUGACGUUCGACCGUAUCGACAUUGUGAGGGGUCCAUUUAUCGUGGAGAGCAAAGAGGAUAUGACGUCACAGAACGAGAUGGCGUUUAUUAUUCAUCCUAAAGAAAGACUCAUAAAUGGCCUCUGGGAAAGUCGGUCACCUGACAUGUUCGAGGGUUGCAUGGCAGACGGAACGCGUGUCGGGAUGUCUUGUGGUCACGCCGCUACACCAGAAAACAUUUAUCGUUUUUGUCUCACCACACUCAAAGACAGCAAUGCGACAUUUAGAUGCAAACUAUGCCAAACUGUGUGGUCACUUGAGGAAAUCAUCGACAAGGCUGGUUUGUCUGAUGAUGAAAGGAUAUUCUUCAAACAUCGAAUUGACGAGAUCACAAGCAUCAUAUUUUUGGAAGGAAGACAGCCUGUUGACAAAGGGGCAACAAAUGACCUUUUACGAAACUGCGGAAGAGUAACCAUGGGUUACAGUAAUAUUCCGAAUGUUCCAAAUAUACGCGCAUGCCCGAAGUGCUUUCAGUUUAUAGAACACAUAGAAGGUUGUAAAACUAUGACAUGUUCCUGUGGUCACGUGUUUUGUUUUAGGUGUCUCCAGGCGGCAGUUGGAGGUUCAUUAUCCUGUGGCUCGUAUUCUUCCGGAUGCCCCGUCGCUCCUGUUCAGCAGAUUGCUUAAAGAUACUAAACCAUCGACAUCGUAUACACUGAUUGUCAUAAAAAUGCAUAAAAAACAUCCAGUUAUUACCUACAAAUGCAAAAAAAAGUGGAAAAAAUUAACAGUGUUAUCAAACUUAUUGCCACAAAACUCGCUAUUCAAUCUAUUGUUAUUACCAUAUACAUGUACAUACACUGAAGGGAACACGAAAAAGGCGAUUAGAAAUUGCCCAGCUGACUCCGGGAUAUCAACAAGUGUUAUAGAAUGUUAUAAUGCUGUAAUUGAAAAUCAGAGAACCGUUUUGUCGUAUGUAAAAACCUGACAUUUGACAAAGGUAAAGAAAAUGUACAUGGAUGAAAUUUUCACAGGCGACAGAAUGGAUACUGAAGUGAUGUAACACUAGAUCUAUAACGGAGACAAACACUG